AUGUUUGGGUUUCUGUUUUCUUCCCCUCUUGCAUGUGCAAUAUUUAAUUUCAAUUCACUCCAGGGAGAGAUUGGGAAUGUUACUCUAAACAUCCCUGCCUAUAAUCUUUGGAGGCUUAUUAUCACAUCUGAGAGUAUGUUGGAUGGUAUUUUUGUAACUCAAUUCUCAACAGGCCUGGAGGAUUUUGGGAAAGCUGAGGAGCAUGACAAGAGAGGUUUCGCAGUACAAAAAUAUGAGAAACAUUGGGGCAUGGUAGAGCAUCAGAACCAAUUUGAAUUUGCAAGAUGGAGCAGCCAAGUUAUUGGCUAUGUGGAAGCAGGGUUUGGGGCCCAACACACUGCACUGUGGACUUGGCACAUACAGAUAUCAGAAAAAUUGCCACUGUGA